CCCAGGAUCAGUCGUGCCUGUGUCGAGCCUGUGUCGAGCCUGUCCGUUAAGUCGAACCUCUUGUCGAGCUCACAUGAACCUUCACGGGCUUCGCGCCGAGAGAGAGCUGUUCCUAGGCUCGUGUGACGUCGACGCCGAUGACGGGUUUGAGGAGUACCAGCGGCGGCAGCGAGCUGCUGUGCCUGCGGCCAGCAAUACGAGCUCUGGCCACAACUCGCGCGUGGAUGGCGCGGCGCCGAGCGCGGCACCGAGCGCAGCACCCGCCAAGCCCUCGCUGGAGCUCCAGGCCGAAGCGGAGGCAAGGUCUCGGGCGGACGCACGCCGGCGGGCGCAGGAGCGCGAGGGCCGCUUGCAAGCGACGGCCGCUGCAACGAGCGGCCUGCCAAAGAGUCUCGGGCCGCCCUUGACGCCCUCUGAAAUCGCUGCUGAGCUAAAGGCCAGCCGGCGAGCGAUGACUGAGGAGACUGUUGAUUUCGUGCAGGCGUGGAGAUCAUAGUUGAGUCUUGAGUACUUGAGACCGGGAUCGUUGGAUGAUUCCUGUUGAC